CAUCCAGCCCGUCUGGCUGACUGGCAGAUCACCGCACCGACACCAACUAACUAACUAUACCUGCAACUGCAACCUGCUGACAGCACCAGCUGCUUCUCCAUCAACACAGGAGCAACAACAGCAUGUGAAUGGCGACGGAAAACGGCAGAGUUGUCACAGAGGAGCAGCAGGACGAGCUCCCAGCCUCUGGAGCCGCUGCUCAUGUGCAACACCAAACACACACCCGGAGCCAGAGCCACAUCCAGUUUCACCCUCUGACACACACCACCACCACCUCCACCGCCACCUCCCAGUGGCAGCCUCCUCGCGCUCUUGCUCACACGAGGAGUCACAGUCACACUCACUUCAACACUCCCUCACACACACAGACGCAGAAGUACGGCUGCCGCCUCACACACAGCCUCUCAGCCAUGGCCAAGGGAGAGAAGGGAGCUCAGGGCUCUGCAGGGAAGCUCAUCAAGCCCACUGAACCGCUGUUUCCUAAAACACCUCAGCAGACGGAGUUGGGCCAGAAGCUGACAUUAUGCAGUAAGCUGUGUUUCGCUAUUGGUGGCGCGCCCAAGGAGGUGGCUGCCAGCGCCACCGCCUUCUUCCUGCAAAUCUAUCUGCUCGAUGUCGCUCAGAUCAACGCCUUCCAGGCCUCCAUGGUGCUGUUCAUUGGUAAAGCCUGGGGUGCAGUGACUGACCCUAUUGUCGGCUUCUUCAUUACAAAGAGCAGAUGGACCAAGAUUGGCAGACUCAUGCCCUGGAUGGUGGGUUGCACUCCGUUUCUGGUGGUCUCCUACUUCUACCUCUGGUUUGUUCCUCCUUUCAUCAGCGGCAGGUUCAUCUGGUACCUCGGCUUCUACUGCCUCUACCAAACCCUCAUCACCUGCUUCCACGUGCCUUACUCUGCUCUCACCAUGUUCCUGAGCACGGACCAGAAGGAAAGAGACUCAGCCACUGCUUACCGAAUGACAAUGGAGGUGCUGGGGACUCUCGUGGGCGCUGCCAUCCAGGGCCAGAUUGUGGCCAGCGCUCACACUCUGAAGCACUGCCCGCCUCACAACAUGUCCGCCGGUUACCUUGGCAACAGCAGCGGGGCAGAGAUCGUCAAGAGCCUGGUGCGCUCCCAGGACUACCUGUCACACUCUAAGGAGGUGUACAUGAUCGCUGCUGGUGUUAUAGGAGGCGUGUUUCUCAUCUGCACCGUGGUGAUGUUCCUGGGAGUCAAAGAGAGAGAUGAUCCGUACGCCCCAAGGACCGAGAAGCAGAUCCCCUUCCAUCAGGGCUUCAUCCUGGUGAUGAGACACGGGCCGUACCUCACUCUCACCGCUGCGUUCCUUUUCAUCACUGUCGCCAUUCAGCUGGUACAGAGCAACUUUGUCCUCUUCUGCACUUACGCCGCCGACCUGAGGGAUCACUUCCAGAAUAUAGUGCUGACCAUCCUGGUUUCUGCAGUGAUAAGCAUCCCGCUGUGGCAAUGGUUUCUGCAGAGGUUUGGGAAGAAGACGGCAGCUUUCUGCGGCAUCACAUGGAUCAUGCCCUUCACCCUGAUGCUGGUCUUCAUCCCCAAUGUCGUGGUGGCAUACGUUGUGGCUGUGUCCUCUGGACUCAGUGUGGCUGCGUCGCUCCUGCUGCCAUGGUCCAUGCUGCCAGAUGUGGUGGACGACUUCAGACUGGCCAACCCAUACUCUAAAGGCCAUGAAGCCAUCUUCUACUCAUUCUACGUGUUUUUCACCAAGUUUGCCGCAGGCAUCUCUCUGGGAGUGUCCACCCUCUGUCUGGAAUUUGCAGGGUAUGACACCGGCGCCUGCAAACAGCCUGCUCCGGUGGUGUACACCCUGAAGCUGCUGAUUGGUGCUGCCCCAGUGGCCUUCAUUGUUACAGGGUUAAUGAUCCUACUGCUCUAUCCGAUCAGCGAAGACGUGCGGCUCAGGAACAGACUCUGCCUGGAUGAGCUACGGAAACAAAGCAUCAGCUCCAGAACAGCGGAAGAUCUGAACAACGUGUGACCUGCAUCUUGAAUGAAGUGAACCCACAAAGCCACGUAUUCCAGCGAUCGGCGCUGGAAAGUUGUUGAUUAGUGUAUAUUACACUGAUAAAUAGUUCAAUUGUUUUAAUGUAAACAUUUUUGUUUCAUUUUCACAUGUACUGUACAGUUAUCUUGGAUAUAUAUAAAUAUAUAAUGAGAUUACCUAAUUUAUAUAAAUGAAUGUAUAUCAUUAUUUGCUGUGUUUAGCUUUACAACACUGUUAUUUAUUUAUGAUAUAUUAAUACUGAGGGCUGAUGAUAUGAAAUGAAUAAAUGUUGUAGAGGUUGGUUG